CAAAGAGAGGAUCUUACUCUCCACAUUGGGCUGGGGACGGUGGAGACUUGGAGGCGCUGGGGCAGCCCUGCCCUGAGAGACACCUGUGUCACCUCCGACUCCUGCCUCUGGGUCCCCACCUGACCAUGUCCCUGGCUGAGGCCAUCAGCCUCUGGAAUGAAGGCGUGCUGGCAGCUGACCAGAAGGACUGGGACGGCGCGCUGCGGGCCUUCAGCGCCGUCCAGGACCCCCACGCCAGGCUUUGCUUCAACAUGGGCUGUGUGCACACCAUUCUGGAAAACUUGCCCCAGGCAGAGCAGGCCUUCACCAAAAGCAUUAAUCGAGACAAGCACUUGGCCGUAGCCUACUUCCAGCGAGGAAUGCUCUACUACCGGAUGGAGAAGUACGACUUAGCUAUUAAGGAUCUUAAAGAGGCCUUGACUCAGCUUCGAGGGAACCAGCUAAUCGACUACAAGAUCCUGGGGCUGCAGUUCAAGCUGUUUGCCUGUGAGGUGUUAUAUAAUAUUGCACUCAUGUAUGCCAAGAAGGAGGAAUGGAAGAAGGCUGAAGAGCAGUUAGCAUUGGCAACAAACAUGAAGUCUGAGCCCAGGCACUCCAAAAUCGACAAAGCCAUGGAAAGUGUCUGGAAACAAAAGCUGUAUGAGCCUGUGGUGAUCCCUGUGGGUAGGCUCUUCCAGCCAAAUGAGAGACAGGUGGCUCAGCUGGCCAAGAAGGAUUACCUUGGGAAGGCCACGGUCGUGGCGUCUGUGGUGCAUCAGGACAACUUCUCUGGGUUUGCCCCUCUGCAGCCACAGGCAGCGGAACCUCCACCCAGACCUAAAACCCCCGAGAUCUUCAGGACUCUGGAAGGGGAGGCCCACCGCGUCCUGUUCGGGUUUGUGCCUGAGACAGCAGAGGAGCUGCAAGUGAUGCCAGGCAACAUCGUGUUCGUCUUGAAGAAGGGCAAUGAUAACUGGGCCACGGUCAUGUUCAAUGGGCAGAAAGGGCUUGUUCCCUGCAACUACCUGGAACCGGUUGAGCUGCGGAUCCACCCCCAGCAGCAGCCCCAGGAGGAAAGCUCCCUGGAAUCUGACAUCCCGCUUCCUCCCACUUCCGCUGCCCCCGGAAGACCCCAGUUGUUACCAGGUCAAAAACAAAAAGAAGAGCCCAAGGAAGUGAAGCUCAGUGUGCCCAGCUCCUAUACUCUCAAGGUGCACUACAAGUACACGGUGCUCAUGGAGACUCAGCCUGGACUCCCCUUCCGCCAGGUCAGGGACAUGGUGUCUAAGAAACUGGAGCUCUUGACAGAACACACUAAGCUGAGCUACCGGCCCAGGGACAGCACUGAGUUGGUGCUUCUUUCAGAAAACAGCAUGAAGGAUGCCUGGGGCCAAGUGAGAAACUACUGCCUGACUCUCUGGUGCGAGAACACAGUGGGUGACCAAGGCUUUUUAGAUGAAGAAUCUAAUGCUAAUAACCAGACAUCAGAACCUCAGUUUAAAGAAGGGGACCAAGUGGUGGCACUCUACAGUUACGAGGCUACCCAGCCAGAGGACCUGGACUUUCUGGAAGGAGAUGUAAUCCUGGUGCUAUCAAAGGUGAAUGAAGAGUGGCUGGAAGGGGAGUGUAAAGGGAAAUUUGGCAUUUUCCCUAAAGCCUUUGUUAAAGAAUGUGCGGCCAUAGACCCAGAAGGCACUCCUGGCAUCUAGAAUGCCUGUCCUGUUGAUUACCUGUUUGCAAGAUUUACCACUUCUGUGCUGAAAACCCUACUGAAACAGCAGUCUUCAAGUGCGAACUUAAAGGUCUCACUCUGGCCCAGGCUGACCUGGAAUUCACUAUGUACUCUCAGGGUGGCCUUGAACUCAGUGAUCCACCUACCUCUGCUUCCUGAGUGC